GGACGGUGGAGUUCCGGUCGACCGGUCCGCGCAGAGGCUGUGCUGCGAGUUCUCUCCUGCAGCAGGUGUGGGCUCUCCGAUGAGGUUGACAUUACAUGGUGUCAUAAGUGAUCUGAAGGCGCCAACCACUUGAACUUCCGGGAUCAAGUGAGGUUCCUGCACUUGAGUCCUUUGCACUGUUUGCUUCUGUGAGUCGCUGUAACUUUCAGUUUGGGCUUACAUACUAAUUGUGAUAAUGACAAAUCAAAAGCACACGGAAGCUGGCUGCCUGAGGAGUUUCUCAGUGGUCAAGUUGGGGACAGUUUGAGCACCAAGAAGAAUUUAAAUUCUAUAGUUGUUAAGGCAGCUGGGACCAGGUGAAGAUCUCAAAGUGGAGAUCCUGGCUAAUGCUGAGGACUGUGCAUAGGACCAAUUAUUAGGUUUGAGCUGAAAGGAAUUACUAAGCAAGAUUUUUGCUACCCUUGGAUGCACUCCUGAUAUGGAGAAGAUUGAGGAACAAUUUGCUAAUUUGAACAUUUUUAAACGUUCCUCAGAAACUAAAGAGCCUACUUAUCUGCUUGGCAUAGACACAUCAAAGACUGUACAAGCAGAAAAAGGAAGCUUGGUUGCUGUCUUAUGUUCUAAUGGAUCAAUCAGAAUAUAUGAUAAAGAAAGAUUAAAUGUACUACGAGAAUUUAGAGGAUAUCCUGGACUUAAUGGAGUCAAGUUUGCAAAUUCCUGUGAGAGCGUGUAUUCCUCAUGCACUGAUGGCACUGUAAAAUGUUGGGAUGCUCGAUUAGCCAGUGAAAAACCUGUCCAGCUGUUCAAGGGUUACCCUUCCAAUAUUUUUAUCAGUUUUGAUAUCAGCUGUAAUGAUCAUGUCAUUUGUGCUGGUACAGAAAAAGUUGAUGAUGAUGCAUUGUUGGUAUUUUGGGAUGCAAGAAUUAAUUCUCAGGAUUUGUCUACUACUAAAGACCCACUUGGUGCAUAUUCAGAGACACAUAGUGAUGAUAUCACUCAAGUAUGUUUCCAUCCCAGCAAUCCCAACAUGGUAGUCUCAGGUUCAACUGACGGCCUGGUAAAUGUAUUUGAUAUUACUGUUGAUAACGAAGAAGAUGCACUGGUUACAACCUGUAACUCAGUUUCAUCAGUAAGCUAUAUUGGUUGGUCUGGGAAAGAUUAUAAACAGAUUUACUGCAUGACACAUGAUGAAGGAUUUUGUUGGUGGGAUCUUAAUCAUCUGGAUACCGAUGAACCAAUUACAUGUUUGAACAUCCCGGAUGUCAGAGAAGUAAUUAAUGUGAAAGAAGGGAUUUUGGACUAUUUGAUUGGCGGCCUAUAUCAUGAAAAGACGGACAAAUUGUUUGUAGUUGGAGGAACAAACACAGGAAUUAUUCACAUAAUGAGCUGUACUACAUCAGGAUUGGUCCAUGUGACCAGCCUUCAGGGAGGGCAUGCUGCUACAGUCCGUUCUUUCUGUUGGAAUAUGCAGGAUGAUUCUUUGCUAACUGGAGGAGAAGAUGCACAGUUGUUACUUUGGAAACCUGGAGCAGUAGAGAAGACGCUUACAAAGAAAGACAGCAUGAAAAUAGCAUCCUCUGUGUACCAGCGAGUUCGAGUUCAUAGUAAUGAUUCUUACAAGAGAAGGAAAAAGCAGUGAUGUUACAUUGGGAGUUUACUUGACAGGUUUUAUAGUUGCAGAUAAUUAUUUCUGUGUACUACCUGUUGUAGACGUGUUUAAAGCUCAUAUGUAAAUAAAAGCAAGCCAGUUAGCAAACAGUCCUGAAAAAAUGUUGAGAAUAGUUUAAUUCAGGUCUUUGUGUAUUCUAAAAUUAUUUUUUUAAGCCACCAUUUGAGUAUAUAAUCAGUGAGUUGAAAGUAAAAUUACAUUCCUCAUUUUAAAAACCCAUCUGUUGAAUUAGUAAAUGUGGAGUUUGAAGAAAUAGCUUUGAUAAGGGCUUUUUAGAAGUAGAUGGCUGGUGUGACUUUAAAAAACAGGUGGUUUGGGCUGUGUUUUUUAAGCUCAAUUUUUUACAUUUUAAAUCAUCUUCAUUAUUUAUAAAACCAAGUCAGACUGUUUCUUCAUUCGAGAAGCUCCUACUUGCUUAAUACGUAUAGAUUACACUGGCAUAUUUAAAUAUAAAUAUUCUAAUGAGUUUAAAUAGAAUUAAACCUUUUCAGAAUUAGUGAUUUGCAUUUAUUUGAGAAAAGUAUAUUUAGUAAAUAUUUGCAUCCACACUUUAAUAUUGUUGGUUAAACAGUAAACAGGUGUUUCACUGAUGAAAAGGGAAUUACCUUGCAAAAUUCUUUUUGAGACUCAAAGUGAAUAUACAAAAACAAAAGUAUUUAUAAUAGUAGAAUGACUUUUUAUUUCAAAAUAUUCCAAUAUUUUGUGAUAAAAUUUUCUUCUAUAGUGUUUUAUCCAUCCAUAAUUUUAAACUUGAAUUUUUGUUUACUGCUAAUUUAUCCAUCCUUCCUUUUAAAUAUUUCUCUAAAGAAUCUUAAUUAAAAAGUUGAUCCCUCUAAAGGUUUGGUAUCUUAUCUCUGAGACUGUAGCACUGGGGGAAAUUUUUAUUUUUCUAUAGAACAUUUGUAACUUAUAUUUAGAUAUGAUUUAGCUUAACUCAAAUGAGACUGAACAACAGGUAAGUUGUUGUUAUAUUAAAUAUAUUAAAAAUACAUGUUUCUUAUUUGGAGAAAUUCAGCUAUUCUUGGUAUUGUCCAAACCAUAAACCUGAGGGUAAUAUAGUACUUUUCCUUUUUCCCUUAACCAGUCAAUCACCAAGUCCUGUGCCAUUCCACCUCCUAAAAUCUGUCAGCCUGUUCUUUUGCCUUUACCCCCCGCCACUACUGCCUUAGAUAAGACUUUCAUCAUUUCUCUGCGAGAUUACAGACUCUGUCUCUAAUCUGCUCCAGUUCAUUCUCCCUACUACUUCUAGACUGAACAUCGAAAACACAGAUUUGAUAAUGCCUCAUGCUGCUUAAAAUCUUUGAUACAUUUUGAACUUUUGAUAGAGGACUGUUUAAAAUGAAAAACCGUGUUUUCAAGAUAUUUAGGAUAUGAGACAAUGCUGACUAUGUUGUAAGUGGGAAAAGUUGGUAAAAAAAGACUUUCAGAGACACUGCAUUUAUGCAAUAACAGGAAAUACAACAGGAGUUAUAAAACAGCAGGGCUCUUAAAAAUAUUUCAAAUUCAGAAGUAAUUACUAGAGCUGUAAGAUGCAAGUGAGGAAAUACCUCUGAAAGAGACAGAAAGUGAGAGAAAAGAUAAAGGCCGCAGGAGGGGUCUAAUAUCAGACUGAUGGUGUUAGAAAGUGAAAAAAAAAAAAACUUUUUAAGGGGUGAGAAGGGAUUAUUAAAAUGAAAUAACAUAAGAGACUAUCCCAGAACUUCAGUCUUUAGGUUGAAAGGCCCAACAAGGGUGUCAAGUGUAAUGAACGAAAAAGACCCACACCAAGGCAUAGCACUGUGAAGUUUUAGAACUCUAAGAAUAAAGAGAAAAUCUUAAAAGUUUUCAAAAAGAGGGUAAAAAACAAUCACUUAGGAACAAGAAUAACAUCUGCAUUAGACAGCAAAUCUGGAUAACAAAAAAUGGUAGAUCAAUGCCUUCAAAGUUCUGAGGACAAAUUCCUGCUAUCUGAACUUAUGCUCUCCAAAUUCAUGAAGAUUACAGUAGAUUCAAACUAUUCAAUCUAAACUCGGAUUACAAUAAAUUUUUUUGACACAACCCUUGCUAAGUGAACACUUCCUUCUUGCUCUCUGAAACUCAGGAACCAAAUUUAUUUAGCUAACAGUAUUCGUUGCUAGCCAAACUCAAUGGCUGAACCUAGGAAAUAAAAGAGAUUUGGAUUUCAGGAGAUAACUUGCUUUUCCAACCUAUAAUUCUGUGACCAAACUACCCUCAUGUUUUAAACUUCAAGUUUAAAACAUGAAGAGAAGUUUAAAACAUUUAAGACAUACAAAAUUUUAAACUUUAGUUUCUAUGCAGCAUUUCUCCAAAGAAGAUAUACAGAUUGCCAACAAACACAUGAAAGAAUGCUCAACAUCAUUAAUCGUUAGAGAAAUGCAAAUCAAAACUACAAUGAGGUAUCACCUCACACCAGUCAGAAUUGCCAUCAUCAAAAAAAUCUACAAACAAUAAAUGCUGGAGAGGGUAUGGAGAAGAGGGAACCCUCUUGCACUGUUGGUGGGAAUGUAAAUUGAUACAGCCACUAUGGAGAACAGUAUGGAGGUUCCUUAAAAAACUAAAAAUAGAACUACCAUCCGACCUAGCAAUCCCACUACUGGGCAUAUACCCUGAGACAUCCAUAAUUCAAAAAGAGUCAUGUACCACAAUGUUCACUGCAGCUCUAUUUACAAUAGCCAGGACAUGGAAGCAACCUAAGUGUCCAUCGACAGAUGAAUGGAUAAAGAAAAUGUGGCACAUAUAUACAAUGGAAUAUUACUCAGCCAUAAGAAGAAACGAAAUUGAGUUAUUUGUAGUGAGGUGGAUGGACCUAGAGUCUGUCAUACAGAGUGAAGUAAGUCAGAAAGAGAAAAAUACCGUAUGCUAACACAUAUAUAUGGAAUCUUUAAAAAAAAUUGAGAAUAAAGACGCAGACCUACUAGAGAAUGGACUUGGGACACAGGGAGGGGCAAGGGUAAGUUGGGACAAAGUGAGGGAGUGGCAUGUAGAUAUAUACACUAUCAAAUGUAAAAUAGAUAGCUAGUGGGAAGCAGCCGCAUAGCACAGGGAGGUCAGCUCAGUGCUUUGUGACCACCU